GACUGAUGACUAAGCUAAAUCUUUUCUGCUUACUGAAAAGGAAGAGUCUGAUGAUUAGUUACUGAUCCUCUUUGCAUUUGUAAAGCUUUGGAGAUAUUGAAUCAUGUUACCAUUUCUGUUUUUUUCCACCCUGUUUUCUUCCAUAUUUACUGAAGCUCAGAAGCAGUAUUGGGUCUGCAACUCAUCCGAUGCAAGUAUUUCAUACACCUACUGUGGGAGAGAUUUAAAGCAAUUAUAUUUCAAUCUCUAUAUAACUGUCAACACCAUGAAUCUUCCAAAGCGCAAAGAAGUUAUUUGCCGAGGAUCUGAUGACGAUUACUCUUUUUGCAGAGCUCUGAAGGGAGAGACUGUGAAUACAACAAUAUCAUUCUCCUUCAAGGGAAUAAAAUUUUCUAAGGGAAAAUACAAAUGUGUUGUUGAAGCUAUUUCUGGGAGCCCAGAAGAAAUGCUCUUUUGCUUGGAGUUUGUCAUCCUACACCAACCUAAUUCAAAUUAGAAUAAAUUGAGUAUUUAAAAAAAAA